AUGUCCGACGCUGAAGGGAAGGGUUUGUCUGAGCAAUAGACACGUAAAAGCAGCAGACAAAAAACCCCCAACACAUACUACAAGCAAGAUAUCUCCGAUAUUCGCGGCGAACCCAAGCCCAAGCCCACCAAAUAGCCGAUCUAAAAAGCAUCAAAGUCAAAGAAAAAAUCCGAUAAGACUUCAUCAAAGCAAGUCUUUAAUAGCUCUUCAAAUCCUUUGCUAUUAUAACAACAAGCACAAGGAAAGUAGGCCUUUUCAAAGGAGAGCAGUAAAUCUGUCGAUAGAGAUGAUGAUUCUGAAAAUGUUAAUAUUGAUAAGGAUGACGAGCCUAUGGAAGUGGAGUCUGAUCCUGCCUCUGACGCCCCAGAGGGAUCAGAGCAUCAAGACAGUCCUAGCUUGAGCUAAGAAGAAAGUAAGAAAAGCUAUUAAAACAAUGCUAACACUAGCUAUACCGAAAACGAAGACAAUUCAAACAGACCCGCUGGAGGCUACUAAACCCGCAAGAUCCGCAAGAAACCAAAAUUCGCUGAUGACAACUACUUUGAUAACGUCCCAGUUGCUAAAACCCAAUAGCCUAAAAAGUAGAAGACAAAUAAAGCUCAACCAACUGCUGAGAACGCAAAAAAACCAAAGUAAAUCAAAAAAGAAGGAGCUAGCGCAACUGGAGGAGAAAGCUAGAAACAAACUAUCUCAAGCUAACAAAGUGAAAACGGUAAUGCUCCUACUAUUAGCCAAGAAAAACCAACAGCUGGAGCAGCUUAGCUUAGUUAAACGGCCUAAAAUAUAGCAAAAAAUAGCUAAAAGCCCAAUAUGAAAUAAACAGGAGUGAAAAAAGGCGAGAAGCAAGAGAAAUAAAAUGAGGAGAAGAGCAAAGAUACAACCAACGACAAGGCAUUAAAAGAGAAAAAAGAUACUUAAAAGAAAGACAAAACAGACGAUAUUUUAAAAGUCGGACUCCUAGACAUCAUUCUAGACGCAAUUCAUUAGGGUAAUGAACCAUAAGCUGAAGCUAAAUAAAAUUAGAAUGCAAAUAACUCAAGUAGCAAUAAUAACAAUAAUAGCUCGAAUACAAAUAAUCAAAAUCAAAACCAAAAUAAUAACUCUAAAUAAUUUAAUAACAAUAAUUAAAUUAAUGAAAUGUCUGCUUCUAAUUUCUUAAAUUUAUUUAACAAUGCCCUCAACGGAGCUUAAUCAACGAAUUAAAGUAGUAAUAACUAAUAGAAUACAAGCAAGGGAAAUAAAAGAAACAGUGAAGUAGACAAAUAAAAAUUAAAUUAAAUGGAAGAUUAAACGACAUAAAAGAAAAAAUAAAAGACUUCAAAGAAGGAAAAAAAAGAUUAAGGCAAUAGUGAAGGCAAUAGUCAAGCUGCUUCUAUGGAAAACAUUUAAAUAGAUCAAAAGAAUAGCAAAAAAGGUGAAAUCAGAAGUGUAUCCACAAGUAUUGAAAAUGGAAUUCCUAAAAAUAAUGAAAAUAUUCUUAGAGAAAGCAAUGGAAACAAUUAGCAAUCAGUUUCUAUUAAUGGCACUAUUUACAAUUAUCCCAAUAUUAAUAGCAAAUCAGACUACAUCACACAUGUUGACAAAACCAAAGAGAAAUUUAUCCUUCAUCACUCAAGCUUUGAGCCUAUGGUGAUUAAUAGAAUCUUCUUAAAAGAUGAUGUAUAAAAGAAAAUUGAUAUGCAACAAUUGCUUUCUUAAAUCACUCUUUAGUAGAUUUAAAAGCAAUAACAAUAAUAAUCGUAGCAAGCUAUUCAAAAGCUUUAUUAAGUAGCAAAGGAAUAAGACACAUAAUAGUAAUAAAGCAACCCCCAACAAAACAUAUAAUACGCCUUGAGCAUGAUCUCAAAUAUUUUAUAGAAGGGAUAAAAUUUUAAUCAAUAAUAAAAUAACAACUCAUAGUAACAAGCUUAGUAAUUGUAAAAUAUGGUCAAUUAACUAAAUAAUAAUCCCAUGGUUAGCAAUGAUAAAAACUCAGCUAUUUAGUAAUUGCUAUAAAGAACUUUAAAUUAAAAUGGAUUUGCUAACAACAAUAUUAACAAUUAGAAUGGAUUCAAUAUAUUUGCUAACAGUACCAACUUCAAUGAAAUGUUUAUGAGAGGACUUGAUUAAUUUAACUAAUUCAAUUAGACAGCUAAUUAAAUGAAGAAUAUGAAUGGUAACAAAAUCCCAAAUAGUAAUUUAAUGGCAAAUAAAAGCAGAAGCUAAUCAUAGGAAUUUGAGCCUUCAUUAGCUUAAAGAAAAUUAUCAGAACACUUUAAGAUUAACACUAAAAAUAAUGAUGAUGAAGUUUAAUCUAAUCACUCAGUUGCUGCUACAAGCAAACCACCCUCUCGCAAACCCUCUAUUUAAAACCCUUCAAUCAUUCAAGGAAUUAAAGCAAACAGAGAUGAUAACUUAUAAGUAAAGAAAGAAAUUAAAGAAGAAGCCACUUCUAUUUAAUAAAAUUAAGGCAAUAGCUUAUUCGAUGAUAAAAUAGAAAAAGCCCUUAAUCAACUUGAAAUGGAAAUAGAAAACUAAAGAAAAAACAGUAUCAGUAAGCAAGAAGAAAAAAUAAAAGAAGAAGCUUCUAAAUAAAUAGAAAAGAAACAACCAAUCAAAAUGGAGAUGGAAAGCAAUUAAGAAAACACAUAAAAUUAAACUGCUGUGCUUGAAAAAAGUAAAGAAUAAAAAUAAAAAUUUGAAAAGAGCAUAGCUGAAACUGUCGAGGAAGACGAUAAUGAAAAUGAAAUUGAAAUUGAAUAGAAUUUAGAUGAAGAUGAGGAUAGUGAUGAAAAUGACUAAGAAGAACAAAAUAAAAAUAAUUAACAGUAAUAAUAAAAAUAACCUAACAAUAUUGAUGAAGCAAAUAAGAAUAAUGCAAAUGACUUUAAUACUUCUUUGUAGUCACAAUUAUUAGGAUAAUAACUAUUAGAAAUGCUCUUAAACAACAUAAAGCCUUAAAUACCAGAAAUCAAUGUUAAAUCAGAAAUAAAAUAAGAGUUAGUGAAUCAUGUCUAACCACAAUCAUAAGAAGCAUCCUCAUAAAAUAAUUGA